UGUCGUCAUCUUCUAAGGGACAUACAGGAAAUGAAAAAGGCCCCAAUUCGAUACAAGCAGAAAUGUACACCUCUGAUAACAACACUAGUGAUAUUGUUCACUUUCAAAUGGAGGACUAAUGUUGACUCUCGGAAUCCAUGGAGGCCCAUGAAGAAAAGCCAAUAAUCUACACUAUGGAAAACAAGCCGAUUGUGACAUGUGCUGGCGACCAGAGCCUGUUCACUUCUCUCUACACCUCUCUGGCACAGCAGUUACCCAGGGAGUCCAUGGAGUGGAGGAGGUCCUACGGACGCGCACCAAAGAUGAUUCACCUCGAGGCCAACUUUGUUCAGUUCAAAGAGGAGCUACUUCCUAAGGAUGGAAACAGAGCCCUGCUCACCUUUCCCUUCCUGCACAUAUACUGGACAGACUGUUGUGACACUGAGAUGUACAAGGCGUCGGUGAAGGAUGACAUGCUGCGGUGGCAGAGCACCCUGCGGCUGCACGGCUCGGUGGACUGGCUCAUCGUGGUGGUGGAGAGCGAAGCCAAGAAGAAGAACAAGACCAACAUCCUGCCGCGCACCUCCAUCGUGGACAAGAUCCGCAACGACUUCUGCAACAAGCAGAGCGACAGGUGUGUGGUUCUGUCGGACCCUCUGAAGGAGUCGUCUCGGUCCCAGGAUUCGUGGAGCGCCUUCCUGACCAAGCUGCGCACCUUGCUACUCAUGUCCUUCACCAAGAACCUGGGCCGUUUCGAGGAUGACAUGCGCACUCUCCGCGAGAAACGCACUGAGCCCGGCUGGAGCUUCUGCGACUACUUCAUGGUGCAGGAGGAGUUGGCCUUUGUGUUCGAGAUGCUGCAGCAGUUUGAGGAUGCCCUGGUCCAGUACGAUGAGCUGGACGCUCUCUUCACUCAGUAUGUCCUCAACUUUGGGGCUGGAGACGGGGCCAACUGGCUGGGCUCGUUCUGUGCCCCGGUGAAGCGCUGGAGCGGCCUGCUCCUGCGGCGGCCCAUCGACAUGGAGAAGCGCGAGCUGAUCCAGCGCGGCGAAGCCAGCCUGCUGGACCUGCGCAGCUACUUGUUCUCCCGCCAGUGUACCCUGCUCAUCUUCCUCCAGAGGCCCUGGGAGGUCACCCAGCGAGCCCUGGAGCUGCUGCACAAUUGCGUCCAGGAGCUGCGCCUGCUCGAGGUGUAUGUGGUCCAGGGGGCGUUGGACUGCUGGGUGUUUCUCAGCUGUCUGGAAGUGCUCCACAGGAUCGAGGGCUGCUGCGACCGCGCCCAGCUAGAGGCCAACUGCUCCCACACUGUCGGCUUGUGGACCUACGCCACGGAGAAGCUAAAGUCUCUGGGCUACCUGUGUGGCCUCGUUGCCGAGAAGGUCCCCACCUCCGAGGACCUAAACCGCACCGUGGACCUUUUGGCUGGCCUGGGGGAAGAGAGACCAGAGACGGUCAACAGCCUGCAGAGCCCUUACAAAAAACUCAAUGAGGCCUUAUCGUCUGUGGAGGCAUUUGAAAAACACUAUCUGGAGCUGUCUCAUGCUGCUAUGGAGAUGUACAGAGCCAUAGGCAGGAUGCGCUCAGCCCGACUCAUUGGGAAGAGUCUAGCUGAGUUUUACAUGAAGAAAGGUGACCCGGAGAGAGCAGAGGGCUUCCUUGAUGACUCUCUGAGGUCAUACGUGGCAGAGGGGUGGAGACUGCAGGUGACUCAUACCAGGAAGCAGAUGGCCGAGUGUCAGAAGCUCCUGCAGCAGACUGAAGACUACCUGCAGACCAGUGCCUUGCUGGCGGGCGACGCCAACCUGACAGAGGAGGAGAGGAAGCACUUCUGCCAGGAGAUCCUUACCUUCGCCAGCCAGCCCCCGGCACCCUCAGACCAGACUGUGGCUCUGAGCAUGGCGGCGUUCGCCCAGCUGCGCCAGAUGCAGUUCAGCCCGCCUGGCGCCGUGGUGCACGUGGGUGCCGCCCUGCAGCUGGAGCUGCGCGUGCGCUGCCUGAUGCCUGUGGCCAUGCAGGUGGAGCAGCUGGCUGCCACUCUCCACUUCAGCCUGGAGCAGGGCGGGGCGAGGGGCCGUGCGGGUAGCGCCCAGAGGAGGGCGGGCCAUGGACCACAAGGCCAGGGGGACGGGGUGGUCAUGUUCCCCCAGGGAAGCCCCCUAGCUGGGGCCGGGAUGGGGGCUUCGCUACCUCCCGCCCUGGAGCUUUACGAAAUGCAGGACCGCAGUCCGUCGGACAGCUCGCUCACCUCCACGGGGGUGGUGUGUAAGAACAUGCACCUGCUGCUGCGGCGCCACGACAGCUCCGCCUCCCUAGACACGCCCACCGCCGGGGCCCUCCCGGCAGCGGUCGCCGUGGACGACGGGGCCCAGAUGUUGAGGGCACGCGACAUAACUCUGCAGCCCGGCGACAACAGCAUCUUGUUCACGGCCCCUACUGGAGAGCCGGGCUCGUACACGUUACGUCAGCUGUGCGGGAGCGUGGGGAGAGUCCAGUUUGUCCAGUCUCACAUCUACCCUGUGGUGCAGUACGAGGUCUACUCCCAGGAGCCUCAGCUCACCAUCGAGCCCCUCUCAGACAACCUGUUGGCAGGCAUUCCCCAGAAGGUGACGUUCACCAUAGCAACAGGCCACUACAGUGUGAAGAAGGGUGACGCGUUGCAGCUUAGCAAUACAGACUCCAUGCCCAUCCUCCACUCUAGCUGCUGCUCUGCUACCGUCCUGUCCAGCACGGGAGGUCAGCCUUCCAUCCAUCCACUGGAGCGCAUGGGGGAGAGUGCUCUUUCCAUCCAGUCAUCGGAGAAGGUGACCAGCAUCUCCCUGCCCCCCACCCCUCCCUACCACACCCUGGAGUUCCAGCUGGAGGUGCUGUGCCACAUCCCCCCCACGCCCUUCAAGCCCGACAUUGAGCGUCUCACCAACGGCGAGGUCCGCCACCGGCCCAAGAGCCACAGCCACGUAGACAGUGGCAUGAUCAACAUCGACCAAAAGGUCUCCAUCGACUGUCCUUGGUCCAUCUACUCCACUCUCAUAGCCCUAACCUUCUAUGUCCCUUUCAAAGCCAAGCACUCAAUACUCUCUGCUGGGAAAAGGAAGUACAUACAGGUGUGUCUCCAGAACGUGUCCGACACAAACUUCCACCUGGCGGACCCGGUCCUCACAGAGCGCCAGCCCACAGUCUCGAUGGAGCUGCUCUCACUCAAUGUUAAAACGCAACAGCCGGUGUGCAGUCAGCAAUCAGUGUUCUGCCUGUGGGAGAUGCGUUGGGCCAAACCCCUCCCGCUGUGCCUGCAGUGUGCAUUCUCCGCCAGCUUCGCGCCCGUCUCCGCCUCGGACACACACACAGCCUUCAAACCCUACCGCUAUGAGUUCCAGCUGGACCGGGUCUCUACCCUUUACAGCUUGAAGGCCGAGAUCUCGCCGCCGUCCGGGGACCAGCACUGUCGCACCGGCGCCCUCUGUGGCCUCGAGGUGUCCAUCACACGGCAGGCGGAGCCCAGCGAGACGGAAGGGGAGGAGGAGGAGUCUACGGAAAUAGAGGGCCUGAGGACCACCAAGCUUAUGUAUGAAGUGGUGGACAACAGCAGUAACUGGGCGGUGUGUGGCAAGAGCUCGGGGGUGGUGUCCAUGCCCGUGGCUGCCAGCGCCACACACAGGGUUCAGAUGGAGGUCAUGCCCCUGUUCGCCGGUCACCUGCCCUUCCCCAACAUCAAAGUGUUCAAGUACCUGCCCCACAAUGCCGUCCCAGCCAUUCAGCCCGACACGGACAGCUGCUUAGAGAACGACACCAUUUCCCUGCUGGACAAAGGGCUGGACGACCAGGGCGACACAGCCAGCAUCCGCAGCCGGGGCAGCGUCCACUCGGUGGGCAGCGGGGAGCAGCAGAGGGGUCUGCCCAUGCCCCGCCUGGAGCCCUUCAGUCCGGGACAGGUGUUCUAUUGGAGCCAGGGGCGGCAGGUGCUGGUGCUGCCCGUUACUGAUGACCACGUGAUGGAGGUUAACGUCACAUGACCCCUGUGGGCCGCUGCUGCACCCCCCCAUGCCCCCACCACGCCUGGACCUCUGUGGUUUGGUUCCUGGCUAUGGUUCUGGAACUGGGAGAGGGCCUGGCGGCAGGGAACUGACACUUGCUCUCCUCUCAGGACUCGUUGCUGGCCGGCCACUGGCCCUGCUCCUGUUCUGGCCUGAGUUCCAUCUGCUGUAUUUUUAUCUUGUCAAUCUUUUUCAUACUGUAAAACUAUCUCUCUCAUUGAUUCUUUCUCCGUGGACACAGUAAACUGCUUAACUGUUCUGCGUAGACAGAACCCCCACACACACACACACACACACCUGUGAUCGGCUUGCUGGUGCCACUGAUCGUCAACACAACCUUCUGUAUGAGGCACACAUGGACACACUAAUGAGCGUUUGGACAGGGGUGCUUUGUUUUGUGGUUUGUAUUGGUUGGUGUGUGUCUCUGUCUAUGCAUGACAUGGCAAGUUGUGAUGGAUGAAGGGAAAGAGCGGGCCGGUUAAUCGUGUGUGUGUGUGUGCGUGCAAUAUCUACUCCACUUUUCCUCUUCACUCACUUUCCAGCCCCUUGCCCCCAAACCCUCUUUCCUUUGCUGUAGUCAUAGCGCCACCCUCUGGCCACAGUACAAACUGUUCAAUAAGUGCACAUUCUUCCAGAGGAAUCACUGUACUGACUGUGCAAAGGCUGCACCAAAAACACAUUGUGUCGAAGGAAUAUGUUGGAGAAAAAUAUGAGUUUUGUUUUUGUGCAGGUGUGAGACGUACUAAUGAACACUUGCUUUUGGCUUUGUUCAGGUUUUAGGGUUCACUUAUUCACGUAUCGGUGGAAUCUGAGAACAAUGGGAUGAAAUAGCACUUGGUUGUUUUUCAGUGACUUCUUUUUGGCUGAAAGUGACCUGUCUGUUUGAAGUGUUACCGUCAUGUGUUCUGUCUGACUUUGUCAUUUACUUGAAUGCUGAGGAGGUAAAUUCCUAUGUUUAGUAAAUGUGGUGUCUGACAAUUAUUAUUUUUUUCUCUUCUCUCAGACAUUCGCUGUUGCUACGGUAACUGUCAGGAAGAGCACUUUCGUAUCGUAGCACAAUUCUUUCACAAAAACAAUUUAGAAGGAGGGGAAAUUCGCUUGUGUAAAUGCGAUGUUCAUUCGUUUUAUUGACCUCUAUUUUUGUACUGUGUUGCCGGACAAGUUUUGGUUGUUGCUCAGUGUCUGUCGGUGUGGUUGGUUGGUAUCUACUGGAGGCCUAUGGUGGCUUUGGGCCUGAGGCCUAAGCACACCCUGUAGCACAGCCCUUCAGCUAUACUGUCCUGUAUUCCUCCACCUCUGGGCUUGUAUCUAGCAUAAUCCCACAAACAAAGUAGUGCUCACCGCCAGGACGAAAGGCAGAAGACUUGUUCCCUCUAUCUGGCCAUCUUGAUGAAAGAGAACCCCGCCCACUCAGACUCCACCUACAAAACUUAGUGGCAAAAAAAAAGAAAGUAUGUGAACCCUUUGGAAUUACCUGGA